UAGGGAUCUUUGCUUAUUGCGCUUCUCUCCGUCUUCUCUUGCUCUCUACCCUUCUGCCCGAAUCCUCUAGGGUCUCUGACUAGGGGCGGGUAGAUAAGACCCAUCAGAAGGCGUGCUGCAAGUAUUGCACCAUCCAGGGCAGCCUCCAUCUUUAUUUUUUAGUCUCUCCUCUUGUACCUUGCCAGAACAGCAUGUAUUCUUCCUAUAAAGUCAAGCCGUCAAUGACACAGAGCAUUCUUGGUCUCCCCUCCUGAUCUGUGGUUUCGUGGUGCUCUCAAUAUCUAAGUGGAAGAGGCAGGCUUAUUCAAGUAGACAUGGCUCCUAUCAAAUCCAUUGCUAUCAUCGGCGCAGGCCCAGCAGGUGCCAUAACCGUGGAUGCUUUAGCACAAGAGCAGGCUUUCGAUUCCAUUCGGCUGUUCGAAAGAAGAGAGAAUGCGGGUGGAUGUUGGAUCGGGGACCCAGAAGAUCAAGUCCAACAAAUACCGGAUUUCGAAAAGAUUGCUGCGCGCAAGCCAGAUGAUCCUCUUCCAAUUCCGCCCCAGCUUCCAACUACAGCUCCCCGCAACACCCAAUACCGUUUCUCGGAGACGUCAAUUUAUCCAACCCUGGAGACGAACAUCGACUCAUUUGCAAUGUCCUUCUCGCAGGAACCCUUCCCCGAAGAAAGAACUGCUCUCAAUAUCUCAAGACAUGGCAAGGACUCGCCGUUCCGUCAUUGGAAAGUGGUCAGAAAGUAUAUACAGGACCUUUUGAACAGAAAGGGGUAUCAAGAUUUGGUCUCUUAUAAUACAACGGUAGAGUUGGUGCAUAAGGACAAGGAGAGCGGCAAGUGGGUCCUCACACUGAGGAAACCGCUGGAUAAUGAAGUAGACAAAUGGUGGACCGAGAGUUUCGAUGCUGUUGUUGUAGCAGCAGGGCAUUAUACCGUUCCAUUUAUCCCCGCGACUCCUGGACUCGCGGAGCUUUCUCAGAAUUUCCCUGGCAGCGUCGAACAUAGCAAAGCGUGGCGCAACCCUGAGAAAUACCGCGGGAAACGAGUCAUUGUCGUAGGGGCAAGCAUCUCAGGUCCGGAUAUUAGCUUCGCUCUCGCGGAUAUCACCGAGACCCCCUUGAAUUGUGUCGUUCGAGGGCGCUACCACCCAUAUUUCUUUGAUUACGCAUUCCAGCAUCCCAAUAUACUUCGGCGUCCUCCCAUUACCCACAUCACCUCGAACCGCGAGACCAAUGAGCGAACUGUCUAUUUUGAGGAUGGUACGAAGCUGGAAAAUGUAGACCACAUCAUCUUUGGAACAGGAUAUACGUGGACUCUCCCGUUCCUGCCAGAACUUGAGGCUACCAUCCGCAACAACCGCCUCCCGAAUCUAUACCAGCACAUUUUCUGGCGUGAGGAUCCAACCCUUUGCUUCGUGGGCGCAAUAGCAGCAGGGUUCACUUUCAAAGUGUUCGAAUGGCAAGCUAUCCUCGCAGCCAGAUUCUUUGCAGGUCGAGUGACACUCCCUCCUAUUGAAGAGCAGAUCAAGUGGGAGGAAGACAGGAUUGCAUACAAGGGUGAUGGAGUACCCUUCACAGCCCUGUAUCCCGAUUUCGAGGAAUAUUUCGAGGAGAUAAGGAAGAUGGCUGGGGAACCGAAGGACGGAAAGGGGAGACCCCUGCCCAAGUUUGAGAAAUGGUGGAGGGAGCGGUUCGACGCGGCGCAUUUGUUGAGGAUUGAGAUGUGGAAGAGAGGGAAUGAGGAGGCGAGGGCGCGGAUCAAGGCUGAAAGUGAAAGGACUGGAAAACCAUUUACUUUUUAUGAAUGAUGAACUGGUUGAAAUGAAAACCUGCGUCAGAAUCUUUCGAUAUAGACAAUAUAUAUUUCCAAUAGUAAGAACUUGGAAUUCUAACAGUCACUAAAACCGU